AUGGAACCUAUCUCUGAGAAUGACUCGCGAAGCCUCAUCAUCCCUAAAAUUAUCCACCAAACUUACAAAACAGAAGAAAUCCCUAAAAAAUGGAUUAAUGAACAACAAUCUUGUGUCAACCUCCAUAGCGAUUACAAGUAUAUUCUAUGGACUGAUGAAAUGGCCCGCAACUUUAUCAAGGAUAAUUACAACUGGUUUUUAAAAACUUUUGACUCCUAUCAUCACAAUAUCAUGCGUGCAGACGUAAUUCGCUACUUUGUCCUCUACCAUUACGGUGGCAUCUACAUUGACCUUGACGAUGGCUGCGAUACAAAACUCGACCCCUUGCUUAGUAUCCCAGCAUGGCUUCGCAAAACUGACCCAACUGGAGUCUCAAAUGAUAUCAUGGCUUCUAUCCCUAAACAUAAAUUCUUUGAAAGAGUCAUUUCAAGCCUUGAAAAGUACAACCGUAACUGGAUUGUCUCUUACAUCACCAUCAUGUACUCUACAGGCCCCCUAUUCCUUUCAGUCAUUUGGAAACAAUACCUUCGUGCUACCCCUCAACAAGGUUCAGAUAUUAUCAAAGUUCUCCUCCCCCUCGUUGGAUCAAAACACACCUCUCUCUUUUUCCACCAAGUUCAGGGCUCUUCCUGGCAUCUCAGUGAUGCCCAGUUUAUCCUUGGCAUGGGCAAACAUCUUGCUGUGUCCAUUGUUGGCUGCACCAUGUUAGGCUUGUUUUUCCUCUUUUGCGAAUACAAACUCGUCCAAUGGGUUCUCUCCUUCCGCUCUUCUUCUAAAAAAUUCUCUCCCAAUGUCAACAACUCUCGCAGAAAACGUUCAACUCGCAGACUCCUCCGUCAUAUUUAUGCAACUUUGGCCCGCAAACAUUCUUCUUCAAGCUCUAUUAAUAAUAACAAUAAUAAUAAAAAGUCGGCCACAUACACUUAUGUUCCCGCUACCUCCGAUGACGCCAUGCUAACACCCCAAACAGCUGCUAUCAUGCUCUCGCCUAGCUUACAAUCCACAUCUGACGAUUAUUACGAUGAAGAAGCUGCCAUCGAUGAUCUCGAUUUUGAUGACGACUUUUUGGAUGAAAAGUCUGCUGCUGCUGCCGUUGCCGUUGCUGCUGCCGCUGCCACUGCCACUUCUAAUAAUAACCUUUACAUUUCUAGAGGUGAAAAACUCUCCAUCAUUUCAGACUCUCAGUCGUCUACCCCAAGCACUGGAGGUUCUGUGCUUGUUUCGGCUGUCUCAUCUGUCCCUCUCCUUGGCCAUUUGUUUUCAAAACUUUUUGACAAGGAUGUUAAUGGUGGAUCUUCUAUUGCUGAUUUUUACUAUAGCAGUGAUGAUGAAGCUACUAAUAACAGCAGUCACACCAAUAAGGAGGAAUCAGCUGGCUUGCUUCCUCUUUAUCAUACCAAGAGCAAUAGCGCCUCAGCAAUUUAUCCCAAUAAUAAUAAUAAUGAAAGAGUCCCCCUGACGUUUAACAAGGCUGUGGUGACCAAUAAUAAUAAUAAUAAUAACAACAGCAACACUCUUGCACCUCCUCCUCCCUCUAUAUUUAUCAACCAUGUAGGUGAUGAGGGGAGUGACGUUGAGUGUGAAAAUGAAUACACUGGCAGUUAUCUUUCACCCAAGAAACAAAUGGUGAAUGUUUCAACCGUGAGUCUUGCAUCAUCUGCUGCCAAUGAUGACGAAGCUCCGGAUUAUCAAAAUCAACAAUCACAAUCACAACAAGAUCAGUCUUCGUUACUGACACCCAUUCAAACUUAUUCUCUGAGGCCGGUUACAUCAGGGUCUAGUGUGGGUAGCAGUAGCUAUUAUUCUAAUGAUGAGCCGUCAAGUUCUUUAGUCUCUAAGACCAAGGAGAAUUGA